AUGAGCGAGGGUCAAACGCAGGCAUCUCAGACACGGAGUGCCCUUGUCAUCUAUGGCUCCGAAACAGGGAAUUCGCAGGAAGUGGCCGAGGAGCUUGGUGCGGUAACCGAGCGUCUGCAUUUCGUGACUCAUGUCGCCGAGAUGAACGCCGUCACAGCCGAGUCGCUCAGGUCCUACACGUUUACGAUCUUUGUGAUAUCGACCACCGGGCAGGGUGACCUUCCGGCGAAUGCGCGGACGUUCUGGAGGACGUUGCUCCUGAAGCGGCUUCCGCCGACGUUCUUGAGCGGGGUUAAUUAUGUUUCGUUUGGGCUCGGGGAUAGUUCAUAUCCCAAGUUCAAUUGGGCUGCGCGCAAGUUGCACAAGCGCCUACUCCAACUCGGAGCUAAUGAGAUAUAUCCCCGCGGCGAGGCUGAUCAGCAACAUCCUGAGGGGCUCGAAGGCACGUUUAUUCCAUGGUUAACAGGAUUCCGCAAGCACUUGCUGGAUCGAUACCCCCUCCCUGCAGGGCUGCAUCCGAUACCGGACGAUGUUCAAUUGCCGCCAAAAUGGAUUCUACAAUUGCGAGAUGAAGAUACAACAGAUGCAGAGCCUACUAGUGGCCCGAUAGCGACGGGACAGGUCGCGUCUGAAGAGUUCCCGGAGCUGACUCGGCUGGAUCACGAUGUCAGACCGAUCCCGGAUACCCUUACGGCGAUCCUUGUAGAGAACCGGCGGGUCACGCCCCAAACUCAUUGGCAAGAUGUCCGACAUAUCUCGAUGACUGUUCCCAAUUCAGUAGCCUAUGCGCCUGGGGACAUGAUCUGCAUUACGCCCAAGAACUUCGAUGAUGAUGUGCAGGCACUGAUCGAUAUGAUGGGCUGGGGUGAAGUGGCGGAUAAGCUGGUGUCCUUGAUUCCUGGAAAGAGCCUCCAGGAUGUAGUGGAGAAGCCUGCUCCUCCUAUACCUAACCUCGGAGAAUACCCCAGAGCAACACUACGAGCGAUCUUGACAGACUAUCUCGAUAUCAGAGCUAUCCCCCGACGCUCGUUCUUCUCCAGUAUCGCACACUACACCAGCGAUGAGAUGCAUAAGGAACGGCUCCUCGAGUUCACGAAUCCCGAGUACUUGGAUGAAUUCUGGGAUUAUACCACGCGACCGAGACGCAGCAUUCUCGAGGUCCUGCACGAAUUCCACUCGGUCAAGAUCCCAUGGCAGCAUGCGACAUCGGUCUUCCCCAUCCUCCGCGGGAGGCAGUUCAGCAUUGCCAGCGGGGGCGAGUUGAAACAGACCGCUGACGGGGGAGCAAAGUUCGAGCUGCUGAUCGCGAUUGUGAGAUAUCAAACUGUGAUCAGACGCAUUCGGGAGGGUGUCUGCACAAAGUAUCUGUCGGUACUCCGGCCAGGCAGUACGCUCAGAGUCCAGUUGCAGCGUGGGGGUCUCAACUCCUCCGCUAACCAGCUGGCCGGUCCGACCGUCCUCAUCGGACCUGGCACAGGCGUCGCACCCUUGCGAUCAAUGCUCUGGGAGAAAGCGGCGCUUGUCAAGGCAUAUCGAGAGGAGCACCCAGAUGGCAAACCCCCGAUCGGGCCUACGAUUCUUCUUUUCGGCGGUCGCAAUCGAGCGGCCGAUUUUUUCUUCGAAGAGGAGUGGCAGGAGCUGAGUAAACUGGUCGAUUUGCAGGUCUUCACCGCGUUCUCGCGAGACCAGCGACAGAAGAUCUAUGUGCAGGAUAUCAUACGACAGAAUUUUGGGCUGUUCUUCCGACUGCUGCAUGAGAUGACGGGGUCUGUGUAUAUCUGCGGCUCAUCAGGCAGAAUGCCGCAGGCCGUGCGGGAGGCGCUGAUCGAGGCAUUUGAGCAUGGAGGGCAAGAGGGAGCACAGCAGGUAGAUCGACAGAGAGCCGAGGAGUAUUUAAUCGGGAUGGAGAAGAGCGGGCGGUAUAAACAGGAGACUUGGUAG